UCACAUGCAACAGACGAGCGCGUUAACUCUCCAACCAUGUCCAAAUCUUUCUACGUGGAUUCGCUCAUCGUCAAAGACGCCCGUCCGGCCGAACACCCGGCGACGGUGACGGCGGCGGCGGCGGCUGCGCACGACUUCCUGCUGCCCAUCAGCGUGCACACGCCGGGCGUGGUGCCGGCGUGCCCGUCCAGGAAGAGCGGCGCGUUCUGCGUGUGCCCGCUGUGCGUCACCACUCAGCUGCACCACGCGUCGAGGAGCGGCGCGCCGAGCCUCAAGGGCCACUUCGCGGCGGGCGCGGAGGCGGCGCAGUACUGCCACCGGCUCGCCCACCACCAGCACCAGUCGGCCGCGCUGGCACAUCCGGGACAUGCACCUGUUUGCGCGGCGUCCGUUUUCAGCGAUCCGCGGAGGUACCACUGCAUCUCCAUGG